GUGAGCUUGCGAGUGGACUUCUCUUUCUUGUGAACAACGUUCUUUCUUUGUGGAAGAAGCUACCAGCUGAAUCGCUAACUAGCUACCAGUCAACUUAAAAUGUCUAAACAACAGUUGCUUCGUGUGUUUUUAAAUGAUCGUUUAACGGCGGCUGCUGUGGAGAUUUUCGGGGAAGUUGAGAAAACGGUAGUGGAGUACCAGGAGGAGAAUGAUCGGCUACGGAGACUGCUGCGGAUCAAACCGGAGGUUAAACUAUGUAGAACAGACUCCCUGCAGCUCUCUGUCUCUGAAGAGGAGGUUCCCCCUGAGCAGCAGCACUGUGAGCAGGAGUGGAGCCCCAGUCUGGAGCAGGAGGACCCAGAGACCACACAGAUUAAAGAGGAACAGGAGGAAGUCAGGACCAGUCAGGAGGAAGAGCAGCUUCAAGGGCUCUUUGAUACCAAAGACUCCAUAUUCACUCCUUCCUGUGUGAAAAGUGAAUGUGAUCUGGAGAACCCAUGUCAAGAAGCCGUAGUAGCUGAACACCCAACUCUCAGUCCACUGAAAACAUCUAAACUACAGUUGUUUCGUGUGUUUUUAAAUGAAUGUUUAACGACAUCUGCUGCUGUGGAGAUUUUUGGUGCGAUUGAGAAAACAGUAGCAGAGUACCAGGAGGAGAAUGAUCUGCUACGGAGACUGCUGCGGAGGACACCAGAGAUACAACUAUGUAGAAUAGACUCCCUGCAGCUCUCUGUCUCUGAAGAGGAGGUUCCCGCUGAGCAGCAGCACUGUGAGCAGGAGUGGAGCCCCAGUCUGGGGCAGAAGGACCCAGAGACCAAACAGAUUAAAGAGGAACAGGAGGAAGUCAGGACCAGUCAGGAGGAAGAGCAGCUUCAAGGGCUCAAAGACUCCGUAUUCACUCCUUCCUGUGUGAAAAGUGAAUGUGAUCAGGAGGACCCACUUCAGUCCUUGACUCUUCCCCAAAUCCAGACUGUGGAGAACAGAGAGAGUGACUCUAAACCAGUGGAUCUCACACCUUUUGUCACUGUGACCCACAUUAAGGGUCUCAACAUUCCCUGUGACCUUCCAGAUAAUCAAAACAUUGCCUGCAGCCACAGUUCAGCUGUAAGCAGUGACCCAGUAGGACUUGACAGUAGCCCACCAUUGGAUCCCAGUCCACCAUUAGAUCCCAGUCCACCAUUAGAUCCCAGUCCACCAUUAGAUCCCAGUCCACCAUUGGAUCCCAGUCCACCAUUGAAGAAACACUGUUCCAAACCCAACACCACAUCUAGAAAAACUCACCACUGCCGUGACUGUGGUGCCACAUUUGCUCUGAAAGCUGACCUGCAGAGACACGUGACUCUCUUCAGUAAGAUACCCAGUGAAUGUAGUUCCUGCCAAAAACGCUACAACUCCAGCUGUAAACUGAAGGCCCAUGUCCGACUCUGUCACAGUGGUAAACCCUGCACCUGCCCUGUUUGUGGAAUGACCUUCAAAUACAAAGGAGAUCUGUCCAAUCACAUGAGGAUUCACACAGGAAAGAAAUCCUUUAUCUGUGGUGACUGUGGGAAAAGCUUCAAUCGCACGGAUUUCCUAACCAGGCAUAAACUGACUCACACAGGAGAGAAGCCAUUCACCUGUGGUGACUGUGGGAAAAGCUUCAAUCGGAAGGAGACCUUAACUACGCACAAACUGACUCACACUAGAGAGAAACCAUUUAGCUGUGGUGACUGUGGGAAAAGUUUCAAUCGGAAGGUGAGCCUAACUGAACAUAAAUUGACUCGCACAGGAGUGAAACCAUUUAGCUGUGGUGACUGUGGGAAAAGCUUCAUUCGGAAGGUGAGCCUAACUGAACAUAAACUGACUCACACAGGAGAGAAACCAUUUGUCUGUGGUGACUGUGGGAAAAGCUUCAAUCGGAUAGGGCACCUAUCUGAACAUAAACUGACUCACACAGGAGAGAAACCAUUUAGCUGUGGUGAAUGUGGGAAGAGCUUUAUUCAGAACAGGGCACUAAGUAGACAUUUACUGACUCACACAGGAGAGAAAUCAUUUAGCUGUGGUGACUGUGGGAAAAGCUUCAAUCAGAAGUGGGACCUAAGGAGACAUAAGCUGACUCACACAGGAGAGAAACCAUUCACCUGUGGUGACUGUGGGAGAAGUUUCAAUCGCAAGGAGACUUUAAGUACGCACAAACUAACUCACACCAGAGAGACACCAUUUAGCUGUGGUGACUGUGGGAAGAGCUUUAUUCAGAAGGGUGUCCUAAUGAGGCAUAAACUGACUCACACAGGAGAGAAACCAUUUAGCUGUGUUGACUGCGGGAAAAGCUUUAUUCUGAAAGGGGACCUAAGAAGACAUAUGCUGAUUCACACAGGAGAGAAACCAUUCACCUGUGGUGACUGUGGGAAAAGUUUCAAUCGCAAGCAGACCUUAACUACGCACAAGCUAACUCACACCAGAGAUAAAUCAUGUAGCUGUGGGGACUGUGGGAAAAGCUUCAAUCGGAAACAUCAUGGCUGCUCAGUCUGUGAUAAAAUAUUAAUUCAGAAAACUAAUCUGCUAACACGUGAAAAACAACCACAAAGAAAGUAAAUGAGGACACAGAGGAGACUAAGAGAGUAUUGAGAUACACCUGUGGACCAACUGAGGACAUAGACACAGAGAGGAGACUAAGAGAGUAUUGAGAUCCCCUGUGGACCAACUGAGGACAUAGACACAGAGAGGAGACUAAGAGAGUAUUGAGAUCCCCUGUGGACCAACUCUAACUGGUUCUCCUGAUCCUGCUCAGUCCAAUGUCACAUUAAUUAUAUAAUGGGACUGUUGUCUGAACCUAACAGGCAAUGUUGCUGCUCUUUGUGUAUGAAAUGGACAAUCUGCAGUUCAGACAACCACCAGUUUUUAGGUGAACAACUGGGAGAUGGUGUUGGAGAGUUGUGAACACUCAAUGUCGUAGACAGAUCUAUAGAUACAAGAUGUCCAGAUCUGAUGCAGGGUUUCCAAUAGGCGGCCCGUUGGUGGUUUUAUUUGGCUCGCAAGUUUUCAUGUGUAAAUAGAUUUAGUCAGAAGUUUGGAUACACUAUAUAUAUAUAUCUAGUAGAAAGUAAUGGGCUAGAGGAAGCCUGUAUAACCAACCCAUAAAGUAAAAUUUAACAUCCAUAUAUAUAUAUACAGUGCCUUGCGAAAGUAUUCGGCCCCCUUGAACUUUGCAACCUUUUGCCACAUUUCAGGCUUCAAACAUAAA